AUGCCAGACCAUGGUAAGCUCUCUUCUGGAGGUCUUUCAGAUUGCCUUGAUUAUCCCUUUGUCUUUUUUCUGCUGCUCAGGUUAUUGUUACUGCUAAUUACCUUUUCACUGGGUGUUUUAAACAUAUGCUAUGUUUUUGUAGCGUUGUGGAAAGAUAGGAUUCAGGCAGUUGGUAAGAGCAGCAGUCUUUAUUUUCUAGUGAUAGGUGGCGUUUUCUUGUGGUUGCUUGUUGGCUCGCACAGGAAGCCUCUAUGGAACCCCCAGAGGGACAAACUAGGGAUGACAGUUACAGGAACCACCUAGUGGUUGUUCUCUUGCACUACAACAUUUAAAUCAUGCCAUUGUGUGGCUUAUGGACAUGUGACUUAUAAGGCAUUGUCACUCACAGGCCAGCUCUUUUUAAAAUUGCAGUGUGAGGAGGAAGUCCCAGGUUUGAUUUUUUGCUGCACACAUGUGAGUCAUAAAAAGCUUUAAUGGUGCAAUUGCACCUCUUUAACUUACUACCCUGGUUCAGCGUCCCAGGUGUUUACUUGCACAAGUGCACUCCACAGCUGUUGAUAAGUACAACAGUCAUUGCUCCAGAACUUACCCACCCUUUGCGUAGCUCAGCAGACAGCAACAUACUCAAAAAAGAAACCACCAGAGCAGCAGACAUAAGGAUGCACUGCUGCUGUGCUAUCUUUCGUAAAUGCAACUGAAUUUCAAGUUUCCUUUGACAAAUGAAUGUGAAUUGAUUUUCUAUUAGUCUAUUUCUACUAUAUAGUAUCAUGAAUGAUAACAUAUCAGAUUUAGGGUGCAGGCAGGUGUAAUGUAAAGAGACAACUUGCAGGAGGUCCCUUAGCCAAGGGACUAAGUCUGGCUUCCAUCCUUGGUUUGCAUUUUGAAUGACAGGUAUUGCACACCACCCCAGUCUCUGAGCAAUGCGAGAUUACGGGGGUUCCACACACUUAUUCAGGGCUUGUGUUUCUUUUGGAAUGAGAGACAGUGGAGAAUGUGGUGUCUCUACGUUAUAUGGUUUACUUACACAUAUAUUCAACCUGAGCCUACAUGUAGAGGUUCACAGCAUUAACACCCCCCCAAUGGUCUUGCUCCUCUCAUAGCCACAGCCUUGUAUUCCAACAGAAAUCAGGCAUGGUUCUGUCUCCCAGCUGCCCAGCUUGCAGCCUUGCUUCUACUUGCUAGUUCACAUAACUCUCAACUCUGCCCUUUGUCUUUCUAACUACCAGUGAGUUGAAGGGGGGGGGGUCACCCCUUAUUCAUCUGGUACAGAGCCACUUCCUUUGUUACCUUAAUGACCCAUACUUACCUCAUCAGGAAGCUAGCCUGGUUCCUCCAGGAACUGAGUCUGUGCUGGAUCCAGAAAUUAGAAGGAGGCUCAGGCAUACAGACUACACAUACUAAUACAUACCCCCCCCCAAAAAAACUCAUAACACUAGUUUCUUCAGUUUCCCCCCUCACACAUGCUCCAAGCAGGCUGCCCACCUUUUAAUUUUAUUUUAUUUUUAAAUCUGCAUGUACUCGGGUAAGUAAGUUGUUGUUUUGCCUUGUUAAUUAAGAAAAUGAUUUUUUUUAACAAACAAACAAACAAACACUAAACUUCCAUAGGGAAUUCUGAGGACGUUUCAUGGUAACAGGGGACGCGGGUGGCGCUGUGGGUUAAACCACAGAGCCUAGGACCUGCCGAUCGAAAGGUCGGCGGUUCGAAUCCCCGCGGUGGGGUGAGCUCCCGUCCUUCAGUCCCAGCUCCUGCCUACCUAGCAGUUCGAAAGCACCCCUAAGUGCAAGUAGAUAAAUAGGGACCGCUUUCUAGCGGGAAGGUAAACGGCGUUUCCGUGUGCGGCGCUGGUGCUGGCUCGCCAGAUGCAGUUUAGUCACGCUGGCCACGUGACCCGGAAGUGUCUUCGGACAGCGCCGGCUCCCGGCCUCUUGAGCGAGAUGAGCGUGCAACCCUAGAGUCGGUCACGACUGGCCCUGAUGGGCAGGGGUACCUUUACCUUUACUUUCAUGGUAACAAAAGGCGCUAGCUGCACCAGGUCUGUCUUCACCGGAAAUUGUACUACUGUCACCUUUACUUUUUUUAGGCUGACCCUUGUUAAGCCUUGUUCAAAUGAGAUUGACCCAGGGUUGCUCAAACAACACUUUUCUGUUCCAAAGGUUUAACAGUGACUGCUGUGAAAGACUCUGGAGAGUGGAACUUGGAGGCUGGAGCCCUCGUGCUGGCUGAUGGAGGACUUUGCUGUAUUGAUGAGUUUAACAGCAUCAAGGAACACGACAGAACCAGCAUUCACGAGGCAAUGGAACAACAGACCAUCAGCGUGGCCAAGGCUGGGUAAGUAAUUUUUUUUUUAAAAAGGGCCAUGGAUGCUAAUUUAUUUCACCACUUUUGUAUUGUUGUUGCAUGAGGGUCUGCUCAAACAAACUUUGUAGGUUUUCAAAGAAGCCAGAAACCUGCAGUCCAUUUUCCAGAAGGGAAAGCAGAAUGAGCAAUGGACCUUCUUUUAAACUCUCUAGGGAAUUUAUUUAUUUAUUAAUCUGCUUCCAGCCUAACUGGCGUAUGCCCAGGAAUAUACAUGAAACCAGAAAGCUAAGAAGUAUAAAAUUCCAUCCCAGCAAAUCUCAAAAUUUUAGCUGUUAUGACAAGGUAUUAGCCAUUGCAGUCAGUGCUAAGUACUUCCAUCAAUUUUCAGACCUCUACCAGGUAGGGAAAAACACAGCUUCUAUUGACUGGCUGUUCAUUCCCUUUUUGUCUCACCACCUUCCCAACUUCCCGCAGUGAAGAGGUGAAACUUAUCCCUACAAUUGAUGAGCUCUGCAGCCCCAUAGUCGCCUUUGACUGGACUUAUUCAUCCAAGGAUCCUUUACCUUUUACCUUACUAGGGAGCAUGCCCCACUGAACAUAGUGGGGCUUGGCUUCUGAGUAAACAUUCAUAAGGUGCAAGAGCUAAGUGUACUUGUCCAGCUUUUACAAGCCACAAAAAUGGGAGGGAAUUAUAUUCUUUGACCCUAUGUUUGCAUCUUAUUGUACCAGUACUAGACCAGACAUAUACACAACUUUAAAAUGACCACUAUUGGGAACUAUUUUCAGUGUUGUUUUUUUAAAAAAAGGAAAACCAUUUUUAGUCAGGAGAGCAAUGAAACAGUUGUUUUGUGCUGCAGGUGGAAUUUUAGACCUUUCCUCCAUUCCAAGUAUGUGUUCUGGGGCUGCAACCUUUCACUUCCAUAUUUAGACAUCCUUAAGGCAUUGCAGAGUGGGGGUCAACUCUUGAUUUCUUUUUUGAAUCUGUGUUGUUACUGGCUAAGAGUCAAAAUACUUUUCCCAUGUUAUGUACUACAAAUAUGAAAGCUAAGAUUCUUGGUGCUGUACUUGCUCCCUCUCAUUACAAUGAGGUAAGAGCGAAGAUGGCACCAACUGGAAAUAGAUCACUUCGAAGUCAGAUUUAGAACAGCUGUCUAAAUGUCUGCACUGAGAGAGUUAUGCUUACUUGGACAAAACAUCCUUCUGUAGCUCUGAAAACAAACCUCGGGUCAAGGUCAAAUGAAUUAAGGGAUGGGGGGGGGAGAAAUUGCACCAUACUAAAUGUUGUUAUAGACACCGUUCUUAUGAUCGUGGUAGUUUGUAUAGUGAGAUUGUGUACAUUUGCAAACAUCUGUGUAUUUAUGAGUGUGCCUGCAAGUGGAAGAACACAGGCAUGUCUGUGCAUCAAACAGGUGUAUGUGUGCAAGUGGCAGAGACAACAGUGUAAGAGAGUUUGCAUUUGCCUGCGUAGGAGAGAGCAUGCAUUUUCCCCCCCAGUGUUAAGAUUGUCAACUUUUGAUCUAAAAAAUCCUUCCCCUCCCCACCCCGGUGAUGCUACGUAGUGAGACCUUCUGGUAGAUUGUAGAAGAGGGAGGAUGGAGCUGGGUGGGUUAUGAGCAGAAUCUGGAGUAUUCAGGUUUUUAAAAUUGGCUUUUCAGACUUUAGUUUUAGCUACCUGACAAAGCAAGCUUACUGAUCUAAUGCUGGCUGAUUAGCAACUCUAGUUUACUGCCAAUUAAAAUUAUAGAUGUGGCCUCCAGUCCAGACAGGGCUCCUUGCUGGCCCUUGAUCUUAUCUGUUAUCUAUAUUUGCAGUUCAUCACAUUCAUCCAAAACCACACUUUAUUUGCAUUAGGUUCCGCAAACCUUUCUAGCUAGUUUGUCACCUCAUUUUUUCUCUCAUCCGUUCAGCCUAUGUGAAAUUUCUGAAGGGAAGUUUCAAAAUGGAAAGUACCUGAAAGUGGUCCUUUGGGCAGUGGGGUGGUGGCAUAACAUAGUUCUGUGUCAAUAUCAAUCAUGUUUCUCUUCAGUUUAGUGUGCAAGCUGAACACAAGGACCACUAUCUUGGCAGCAACCAAUCCAAAGGGGCAGUAUGACCCUAAUGAAUCUGUCUCUGUGAACAUCGCCCUUGGCAGCCCUCUCCUUAGCAGGUUCGACCUUGUCCUGGUAUUGCUGGAUACAAGAAAUGAAGAAUGGGAUCGCAUAAUUUCCUCAUUCAUACUGGAAAACAAAGGUAGCAGUGGCUUUUGCAAUCAGUUAUAGAGAAUAUAUCUGAAUCUCUACACUACCUAGCCUACAUAUCCAUUUGUGCUCAUGCAGAAUAAGUGCACCAGAGGGUUGGAGCGAACGACAGCGUAGUUAUUAUGAAGUCUAUUGAUUUCUACUCUGUGUCUUAUUUUGUUAAUGCAGUUCUUUCUGCAAACUCUUCUCAUGCAGCUUGCCCAAGUGUGUCUGAAAAGCUGUGGACUAUGGAAAAAAUGAAAACAUAUUUCUGCCUUAUAAAGAACCUGCAGCCGGUAUUGACUGAUGAAAGCAACUUGAUUCUUGUCCGCUAUUAUCAGAUGCAGAGGCAGAGCGAUUGCAGGAACGCUGCGCGAACCACCAUCCGCUUAUUAGAGAGUUUGAUACGAUUAGCUGAAGGUGAGAGCUUGGGUUUCCUCUUCCUUUUCUAGCGCUUACAUCACACAAAAUAAAUUGGGAAACGUUUCAUGGCAGUGCUGGAACCAGGUCAUGCAGCUGAUUGGACUAAACUCCUAGGUGCAUGUUUGAAUGCUCCAGGGGCUACAACAAAUGCUUGUUUCUGUUGGCACUCAGUAUGGUGAACCUCUAAGAGGGUUUUAUCCAGUGCAUAUAGGGUUUCCAUGCCCCAGCAUUGUAUGCUGUAGCUAGGCUAUGGCCACUCUGGCUUGCAAAUGUUGUAACAUGGAUUGAGAGGCUUUUAAAUACUACACCCACCACCAGGAGCCCUAAUAUGGGUAAGUAGUGCUUCAGUUGGUGGGUGUAAGUAAGCGCCUGGAACCCCUGGAAUCUUGCACCACUCAGAGGUUGGGGUGGUGUGCAACAGUACUUUUUAAAGAUUUAAAUCAAAAACUUUGCUAGUGUAAUUCCAUUAUCGCUUUCUAUCUAGAGCUUUCUUUUUUUUAUUUUUAUAAUAUAUUUAUUAAGAUUUUUUAAAAAGAUUACAAUAAAAAUGAGAAAGAAAGAAAAAAAUGACAAAAAUACAAAAUAAAAAUAGUUAAAAACACACAGAUUUUCCAUUACUUAUUUUCCUUUGACUUAUUUCCCGGACCUCCUCAUACCUCCCUUUUUGUAUUCCACUUCAAUCUGUUGGUUCAGCAAAUCCUUUAAAAGUAAUAAUAUUAAAUUUUUACCUAUUUAUAACCCUUUUUCAUAUUCCCUUAAAGCAUUACAGCUGGAAACCACUUAAUUACUAUCCAACAUCAUUCUAACAUUCAUUAAUUUUACAAUAUUUCUGUAGACAAUCUUUGAAUUUCUUCCAAUCUUCUUCCACCGAUAGAGCUUUCUAAAUAGGUGGCAUAUGCAUUUAAUAAAUUUAACCUAACCAUCUGCUCAUCAGUUUCAGCAACAUUUGUUGUUGUUGUUUGUUUUUAGCACAUGCUCGGUUGAUGUUUAGAGAUACUGUGACUGUGGAAGAUGCAGUAACCGUGGUUUCAGUGAUGGAGUCUUCAAUGCAGGUGAGUUUCCUUGUAGAGACUGGCAGCUGAAACAGUUCUUUGUGGUACAUGUGAUCGGAAGCAAGCUUCACAAUGCAACAAGGAGACCACGUUUCCACACCUCAGAACUAAUCUUCAACAAUUCCUAACAUUAGCCCUCAGUUUUGUACAUUUGAGCCUGUAAAUAAUAUGUCUUCUGCUUCUACGUCCUACCACCGUUCUGCGUCUACUGUCCUACCACCACCACUACUGAAACCAUGAUGGUGAGCAAGGCAUCAGGGAAGAAGGAGAGCCUUGUGCAGGCAGAAUGGAAGGUCCCCGUGCGUGUCAUUGUGCCCACACACUCUGCACUGAAGAAGGGUGCAAAUGCCUGUUUUUAUAAGCUAAAGAUACAGGGUUAGUUUGAUAGCAGUUUUAUUCAGUGCUAAAAAACCUGCCUAUCUGUGUGCUGUGUCAUAUAACCCUUUUAACAGCAUAUAGGUUUACACACAGACAUAUCUAAUUAAAGUUCAUUUGCAUUGUAUUUCUCUCUUCUUCUUUCCUGUAGGGAGGUGCACUCCUUGGAGGUGUCAAUGCACUGCACACAUCAUUUCCUGAAAAUCCACUGGAGCAGUAUCGAAUGCACUGUAAACUGAUCCUCGAGAAGCUGGAACUCCAGGACAUUCUGCGUGAAGAAUUCCAAAGACUUGACAGGUGAUAAACAUUUAUACGGGAGGCAAAAAAAGCCUUUGUAAUUCACAGUGGAUUCAGGCAACACAUGUGCUAUUGCAAUAGGCAGUAGCAUAGGAUGGCCACUAAUAAACUUACUGUCCAGGGUAUCAAAGUGAAGACGCAUGGUGCCGAAUAAUAACUCUGUAAUUAGACAGUUGCUUACAUUUACUUAUAUGCUUAUCAAAAUAAAUAAUUAGGGCUGUGAACCCAAACAUAGAUGGAGCAGAUCCUGCAUUUCAUAGGAUCAGGGAAGGGGAAAAUAUAGUUUAUUUUUGUAAAAUAUAUUUUGUUUUUGUUUUGCAGAUUGCAGAAUGAAAAUUCGUCUCAGUUUCUGCAGUCCAAAGAGGCAUCCUCAAACAAUCGCACACUUGAGAAACCGGAGCAGAUGUCUCGUCCACAACAUUCAGACCAAGAGGGCAAUAAUAUACAAUUGCAACCUGAUAAGUUUCCAACAUUCUCAAGCAGCCAGACAUCUGAUGAUAACAGACUAACAAAGGAAUGGGGCAAACCCAGUGAAUGCAGCAAGGACAGUAGCUUGAGCUGGUUUGACAGUAUGACAGACAGCAGCACUGAAGCUGAGAAGAGCAUUUAUGAGUCUCCAGUUGCAAGAAUGUCUCCAACUGCAAGAACGUCUUUGAAAGCCCCACACAACAAACCCUGCUCUAAAGAAAGAAAUGACUUAAGUGAAGCCAAGCAAACCACACCAACAACAAUAGCCCUGGGAAAUGCCUGCAGACAGGCUGCCUCUAGUCUUGAUGGGGGGAAGGCAACCAAGCCCACAAGCUUACCUUCAGGAGCAAGUGACAAAGGCCCAAAUGCAGCGGAUUGUACCUCACCUGAUUUAGUGAUUACUCACAGGGCCUCUAAGAAAUGGCACAGGGAAAACAUUGAAGGAGUUAAUGGGUUUUGUGCAAGUACCCCAGAUCCUAAGGUUGAGUGUUCUCCAACUUUAUUUUCUCCUGGUCCAGCCGUUGUUCCACAACACCCCAGAACAGACUUGGGUGCUUCCCCACCUCACAGCGCAUUUUUAAGGCAACAGAAGUCUGCUACUUCAACCAGAAAGCGAAACAGAGGCCAAACAAAUAAAGGUGCAGCAGGAAGUUCUACUAAACCUGAAAUCCUGGAAGAUUUGGGACCUGCGGCUGCUAAACUAGCUAAGUUUCAGCGUAAGCAGAAGCCAAAGCUUGCUUGGCCUUCUGAAAAUGAAAAUCAUGCCCAAUUGCCUGAUACUGUCUGCAGCCCUCACACUUCUACCAAAACCGUGUCAAAAGUGGGGAAGCCAAGGGGAGAAGACUGUCCUGAGAAACACUACAAGGAACACAAUAUUAAGGUGGGAAAUAAUAGAAUGGAGAAACGCCCUUGUGAUAACCAAAGAGAGGAGGAGGAGCAAAACGAUAAUUCACUCCCUUCCUCCACAAAAAAGGCAAGAAUGAGAGAGGAAAUAUCAGAUGGUGCGGACACGAAAAAAGUGUGCUCUAGCAUACUGGCAAAAUUAGCCAGCUUUGCCUUCAAGCCAUCAGCUGAAUCAAAGCCAAGGUCUCCAGGUUUGUUGCAUGUCACCAGUAAUGACAGAGACAGACAGAGGGAGCCAUUGGAGACCCAAACCUCCAAUAGCGUGGGGCACUCAAGGAAAUGCUUUGAACUGGAAAGAGCCAGCACUGGGACAGGAAAAUCUUUGUUCUCAAUAGCUGAUUUUGAUGAUUCCACCCUAGACUUUGACUGGGAUGAAGAGAGCAAGAGGAAACUCAAAUCUUAA